GGCGGAGCCCCGCCCCCGCGCACGUGACCGGCCGGGGGUCAUAUGGGCGGGUGUCACGUGCCGCGCGGCGCCGCGCCGCCGGGAGCCGCUGCGGGACCGGGAGCGGGAUGGCGCCGGCGGUGCUGUGCGCGCUGCUGCUGCUGCUGCUGGGGCCGGGCCUCGCCGCGCCGCCGGGCCACGAGGUGCGGUUCCUGCCCGGGCUGCCCAAGCAGGCGGCCUUCCGCCACUUCUCGGGGCACCUCCGCGCCGGGCCCGCCGCGCGCCUGCACUACUGGUUCGUGGAGGCGCAGAGCGACCCCCGCGGCAGCCCCGUGGUGCUGUGGCUGAACGGCGGCCCCGGCUGCAGCUCCAUGGAGGGCUUCCUGAAGGAGCACGGCCCCUUCCUGGUGCAGCCCGAUGGGGUCAGCCUGAAGUACAACGACUACGCCUGGAACAAGAUUGCCAACAUGCUCUACCUGGAGUCCCCCGCUGGCGUCGGCUUCUCGUACUCCGAGGACAAGAAGUACGCCACGAAUGACACUGAGGCGAGUGACCCUGCCUGCUGGGAGCACCCAGCCUCGUGCCUGCCCCGCUCCGGGGGCUGCCCCGCUGGCUGUGCUCACUCCCUGUGCCUGCAGGUCGCUCACAACAACUACCUGGCGCUGAAGGAGUUCUUCCGGCUCUUCCCCGAGUACUCCAAGAACGACCUCUUCCUCACGGGGGAGAGCUACGGGGGGGUUUACAUCCCCACGCUGGCUGAGUGGGUGAUGCAGGACCCCAGCCUCAACCUGAAGGGAAUCGCUGUGGGAAACGGCCUCUCCUCCUAUGAGAUCAACGACAACUCGCUGGUCUACUUCGCCUAUUACCACGGCCUGCUGGGGACCCAGCUGUGGAAGGACUUACAGACCUUCUGCUGCUCCCAGGGGAAGUGCAACUUCCACGACAACUCCAACCUUAACUGCACGCUCAAGAUGGAGGAGAUGAUCCAGAUUGUAGAGGAGUCCGGCCUCAACAUCUACAAUCUCUACGCCCCGUGUGCUGGCGGUGUCCCUGGGAGCAUGAGGUACGAGGGCGACUACCUCGUCACGCACGACCUGGGAAACUCCUUCAUCCGGAUGCCGAUGAGGUUCUCCUGGCGACAGAACCUGUUCCGGAUGCCUGUAGCCCGUAAGAAGGUGCGGAUGGACCCGCCGUGCACCAACUCCACAGCCCCUACCAUGUAUCUGAAUUCCCCGGAGGUGAGGAAGGCUCUCCACAUCCCCCCUGAGGCCCCCGAGUGGCAGGUGUGCAGCUUCGAGGUGAACCGCAGCUACAAGCGCCUCUACAUGCAGAUGAACGAGCAGUACCUGAAGCUGCUCGGAGCCAUGAAAUACCGGAUCCUGGUGUACAACGGGGAUGUCGACAUGGCCUGCAACUUCCUCGGGGAUGAGUGGUUUGUGGACUCCCUGUGCCAGAAGGUGCAGGUGUCUCGCCGGCCCUGGCUCUACACCGAAGGAGGCGAGAACCAGAUCGGGGGCUUUGUGAAAGAGUUCACCAACAUCGCCUUCCUCACCGUCAAGGGAGCCGGCCACAUGGUGCCCACGGACCAGCCCCUCGCUGCCUUCACCGUGUUCAGCCGGUUCAUUAAGAAUGAGCCCUACUAAGAGCCGCCGAGGCUGCGCGUGGUGCUUCCAGCUGCCUGCACGCGCCGGCUGCCUCCUGCAUGGCUCGUCCUCGCUGCUGCUUGGCUGUGCCACAACACAGGUCACUUGCAGCUGGCGGGACUCGGCUCAGCCUGUCAGGACAGCAGCCGGGGUGAACGGCGUGGAGGUGGGCUUCCUGCAGGCUGGGGGGAGAGGAGUCCCUGGGGCUCCAUCCCUGCCGGGCGCUGCAGCUGCCUCCUCGCUGUGGCUUCCUGUCUCUCCUCCGCCCUGUCUCCGGAGGCAACUACUUCCCUCUGGGGUGGGAGCAGCGCCUGCCACUUCCCCUCUGCACUGCAGCCUCUGCACGCACGUUGCCCUGGGCAGGCUCUGAGCCAGCUGCUCCCUGCUAAGCACAGUUCAGGCGGUGGCUGUGAGCUGCCCCCCGGGGGCUUUCUGCUCCCCCUGAAACCAAUCCCACCCUGACCUCAGUGAAAGGUGACUUACAGUGAUGACAAUCCCCCUGCCUGGGGCAUGCAGUGCUCUUGGGACCUCACAAUAAACUCUCUGAACAAGG